GACGGAGGUGGUAUCGGGCGGGAGGACAGGCUCUGUGGUGUCUGUGGUGUGUGAGGUGACCUGAGGUGAUGUAGACAUCACAUAGACGUGACUGAGUGAUGUAGGAAGGUCACGUGGCGUGGUGAAGCUAGACCUUCGUGACGGUGUGCAACUCACAACCAGCUUGAGCUAAUGUUGAUGAAUCAGAACCGAGAGCCGGAUUGUUGUUGGAAGGAUGUGGAGUAGAUAUUCAUCGGUGAUAUUUCAUUGGCUGAAAACCAACAGAAGUGCGUAUCAGCACAUCAGCAUUGGCUAAUGACUGGAAAACAAAACGUCCAUCGUAUUGUAAGGAGCAGAAUUCUCCGUAUACUGCGCUUUCUUCGGUGAGCGACUUUUCCGUCUUUGGCUAGUUGCAUCUCGUCAUAUCUCUGUUGAGAACCGGAAUCCUGUUUAUCGUGACGCAAACUACUAUCGCCGCAAUGGGGUGUGCACCUACCGACUUCCAAGUCGAACUUUAUAAGCAGCCUGAGAACCGACAGCCUAAACCACGCUUCUGAUUCAAGAGAUUUACCGCAGUGUGGGCUCUUCUUUUCCAUUCUUCAUCAUCCUUCCCUUUUCAAUCGCAUCAAUCGUAGCACUUCCACCCCACACCUUUGCAUGAUUCCAUCUCAUCACCACUGCCACUUCUGCUUACUGUGACGGUGUCGUUUCUGACGACCGGCGUCCACUCGCCCCUCCUCCCCACCGACCCGCCUCUCUCCGACUGGCCCCGCCCCUCCCCAGACGACCCUCGGCCGCCUAAUGACCCUCUGAUUCCGGGCCGCGUUCGUAUGACUAUAACGGACAACUGUGGCGCCGCGAUAGCUGAAUAUAAGUGCUUCAUAAUCCGGCGGCGUCGCUUGUUAUCCGUCGGUCUGGACGGCUGGACGGCGGCUGGAGUGAGAGGAGAUCAGUGGUGGUAGUGCCGGGUCUGGUGGUGUGAUCAGCGAGCUGGUGCUGGUGCCUGUGGUGGUGUUGGUGUAGUUGCACCACCAUGUGGCCACAAACGGCGGUGCGUCGCACCCUCUCAUGGCCGCUGGUGCAACAGGAAACUUCCGAGCCAGAACUGGAGGUGUGCACGUGUUAUGGGGCGGACCCUAUCCCAUCAGUAGUGCCAGAAGCAGCACCAAACGGCGUUCUUCAGUUUCCUCUGGCAUCACUCACUGGAGAACCCUUGGUCAACAAUGUCAACAACUGUGAACCUGUGCAGAACGAUGUCGGUGUAAACAAUGCCACAUCUGUGCCGAGACCGCCAGUAUCACCACGGCCCGCCCGAGGACCCUCCGCACCUUCCGCGCGAGAUACCACCUCCUCUCAGCAGCGUCCGAGCUGCCUGGCGCGUCAGGGCAGCGCUCCCGUGCGCCUACCGCGGCUGCCGAGCCUCUUCUCUCCCGGCAUCCUCAGUGAGGAGAACAGUCACGCUAGCCACGUGAGCCACCUGAGCAGCCAGCGUCCGGGCGCUACUGGUGAGAACGCGCGUCGUUUUCCGACCAUCUAUCUACACUACUACCCGGAGGCCGGCUGGGGCUGGGUGGUGGCCACGUGCGCGCUACUCGUGCAGCUCACCCUGGUCGGCCUGCACGCCGGCGUCGGACUGAUGCUGCUGCUCGUCCGGGAUGACUUUCAGCAGAUCCCGCCGCAGGAGCUGGGCUGGCUGGGCGCGCUCUCGAUGGCUCUGUCGUGGCUCCUCUCGCCGUUGACAAUCGCCAUCUGCCGGAGGAAGUCCACCCGACUGACGGCUGUCCUCGGAGGACUGGUGGCCGCCCUCGGACUCCUCUUCACCUCCUUCGCCUCCCGGUUCCAUCAGCUGUUCAUCUCGUACGGUACCAUAUUCGCGGUGGGUGUCUCCAUGACCCGGGACGCCUCCACUUUGAUGGUGGGCCAGUACUUCAAACGGCGACGGGAGCUGGUCGAGACGAUUGUCAUGUCCGGUAGUGGUGUCGGGCUCGCCAUCAUGUCGGCCCUCAUCCAGGGCACCAUCAAGUCGCUGGGCUGGCGGCUGGGUCUGCAGGCCGUCACCGGCGCCGUGGUCUUCACCUUCCUCCUGGGCACCUUCUACCGGUCGGCGUCGCUGUACCACCCGCAGAGGAGGGCCAUCCUACACCUCAAACACUCCAAGAAAAAGGUGAAAGGCAAAACAAAGAUAGACGACAAGCCGCCGUUUUUCGACGUGUCCAUGCUGAAGUCGCGGACGGUGCGGAUGCUGCUGUUCUCGGCGAGCCUCAGCUCCGUUGGCCUACAUACCCCGCUCAUCUAUCUCGCGCAGCAGGCCCGUCAGGAGGGCAUCAGCGAGGACUCGGUGCUGCUUCUACAGACCUACCUGGGGCUCGGCUGGACACUCGGCUGCUGCGCCUUCGGGUUCGUGGUCGUCAGAAACAAUCAGGAGUGUCACAUCAGCCGUCAGUACCUGUACCAGGCGUCCUCCUUCGUCUGCGGUAUGUGUCUGCUGGCGCUGCCCGCGGUGCAGGGCUACAGCGGCUACGUCCUCUUCGCCUGGCUCUACGGCAUCUUCUACGGCGGCUUCCAGUACAGCCUCAAGAUGUGCACGUAUGAGAAGGUCCGCGCCAGGAACUUCGCCAAGACGUGGGGCUUCGUCCAGGGCAGCCAGGCGAUACCUGUGCUGCUGGGAGCGCCCGUCACAGGCUACAUAAACGUGGCCGUCGGCGGCAAGGCGGGCUACUACUUCAGCGCCACGUUCGUCGUCAUCGGCAGCAUCAGCAUCUUUCUGGUGGAGUUCCAGCGGCGCCAGCGGCGGCGGCGGCGUCGGCACCGUCACGGUCACAGCGCGGCCGCCUCGGACGCGCCGCUGGCCGAGCAGCCGCCCCCGGAGCCGCUGCCGCGCGUCGACUCGCUGCCUGACGUCGACGAGCGCGUCCUCAGCCUGCUGAAGCAGCGCGCCUCGGCCAUGGCGGCGGCCCACAGCAGCGGCGAGCACCGCAAACAGCAGGAGCUGACCUGCAUCUCCGAGGAAGGAAUCGCCGACAUGGACCUGCCCGACGAGCUGUUCGACGACAUCGAGCUCGAGCUUAACCUGCUGCAGGGCGACAUCACGUCCUGCAACAAGGUGGAGAACUACUUGGUGCUGAGCGAGUACGAGAACAACCUGUUUGCCGAGCAGCCGAGCGACCGACGGCCGGGAGGUCAGCGGCGCUCCGUCAGCCGCGGCAUGGCAGCGGCGCAGGCCGCCGCCCGGCGCCAGGCCGACAUCCCCGAGGAGCACCCGGAGAUCGAGAGCGAGCCGCCCUCGGACGCCUCGUCCAUCUCCUCGCGCCUGUUGCGCACGUUCCGCCGGGGCCGCAGGCGCGGCAGUGAGGCGCAGCGACACCCGCACUAGCGCUGGAGGGGUGCAGCGGUCACGGAGUCGUUAGCCGAGACGGUGGUCGUGAUGGGGCUAAAGACGGAUUGCAGACGGUCAGUGUUUUGGGAGAGGGGAUCUUCCGAAUCUGCCAUCAGUUCGUGCCAAGACUGGUUGUUUGAACUUCAGGAUAUUGUAACGCGGCCAACGUGAUUGUGAUGUUGACCUUAUUCAUCCGAGCUGUCAGGGCGAGCUUAUGUGUUUUAUGAACGUUAUAGUAACUGUGCGACGUGUGUGUGGGAUUUUAUCUCGGUCAUGUGCAGCUACACUGCAGCUCUUGCACAGCUGGUGUAUUACCUACUUUGCUAGCACACAACGUUAGUGAUGAAGUCAUUCACAUCGUUAUUCAAAAUAUUUAAUGCGCUUGGUUUUACUAUAUUUUAUUGCUUCGCUCUCCCACUGUUCACCUUUGAUAGGUGUUUAUAUGUGAAUUAUUUGGUUGUUUUCUGACCAUUCCCAUCGUGGUGACUUGCGAAUGUUAUCGUGAAUACGUUUUUUGUUACACUUUUUAUGAUCAAAGCCUUUUGGCAUUUUUUCAUUGAUGGUGAACUACCGUCAUUGUCUUGUGACUGUGAACAUGGGACAUGUAGCUAGAGCGUUGUGUACUUAGAUGAGGAAAUACAUGCGGUAUACUAAA